ACGUCUCUAUCGUCAACAGGAAACGAAGGAAGCGUCCUUGGAGAUGUUGUUAGGAGUUUAACUUUCGCAUCUUUCCCCUGUCUUUGUGCACAUUGCCGCCGUCAAAGAACUGACAGCUAAGCGUUGCUUCCACAGAGGUUAAUUUAAAGUUGGGAAGUAACCAUGACUGCAACUGCUCUCGUAAAAAACCAGCUGAUCCUCAAAGAGGAAUACGAUGAGAAUUAUAUACCCUCUGAACAAGAGAUCCAAGAGUAUGCAAGAGAGAUUGGCAUUGACCCCGACAAUGAGCCUGAGCUGCUGUGGCUGGCAAGGGAGGGCAUCGUCGCCCCUUUGCCUCCUGAGUGGAAGCCUUGCCAGGACGUGACAGGGGACAUCUACUACUUCAACUUCUCCACGGGUCAGUCCACCUGGGAUCACCCCUGUGAUGAGCUCUACCGACGCCUGGUGGCACAGGAGCGUGAGCGAGCUCAGCUCACAGCCACAGCUGGGGGCGCAGGAGCCAAGAAAGACAAGAAUAAAGAAAAGAAGGAGAAGAAAGAGAAGAAGAAGAAGGAACCACUCAAAACUCCUGGGGAUUCUCUGAAGGGUCGCCACAUCCACCUCUCUCCACAGAUAGGCAAGGCAAGGCGAGUAACCAUGACUGCAACUGGUCUCGUAAAAAACCAGCUGAUCCUCAAAGAGGAAUACGAUGAGAAUUAUAUACCCUCUGAACAAGAGAUCCAAGAGUAUGCAAGAGAGAUUGGCAUUGACCCCGACAAUGAGCCUGAGCUGCUGUGGCUGGCAAGGGAGGGCAUCGUCGCCCCUUUGCCUCCUGAGUGGAAGCCUUGCCAGGACGUGACAGGGGACAUCUACUACUUCAACUUCUCCACGGGUCAGUCCACCUGGGAUCACCCCUGUGAUGAGCUCUACCGACGCCUGGUGGCACAGGAGCGUGAGCGAGCUCAGCUCACAGCCACAGCUGGGGGCGCAGGAGCCAAGAAAGACAAGAACAAGAAUAAAGAAAAGAAGGAGAAGAAAGAGAAGAAGAAGAAGGAACCACUCAAAACUCCUGGGGAUUCUCUGAAGGGUCGCCACAUCCACCUCUCUCCACAGAUAGGCAAGGCAAGGCGAGUAACCAUGACUGCAACUGGUCUCGUAAAAAACCAGCUGAUCCUCAAAGAGGAAUACGAUGAGAAUUAUAUACCCUCUGAACAAGAGAUCCAAGAGUAUGCAAGAGAGAUUGGCAUUGACCCCGACAAUGAGCCUGAGCUGCUGUGGCUGGCAAGGGAGGGCAUCGUCGCCCCUUUGCCUCCUGAGUGGAAGACUUGCCAGGAUGUGACAGGGGACAUCUGCUACGUCAACCUCUCCACGGGUCAGUCCACCUGGGAUCACCCCUGUGACAAGCUCUACCGACGCCUGGUGGCCCAGGAGCGUGAGCGAGCUCAGCUCACAGCCACAGCUGGGGGCGCAGGAGCCAAGAAAGACAAGAAAGAGAAGAAAGAGAAGAAGAAGAAGGAACCACUCAAAACUCCUGGGGAUUCUCUGAAGGGUCGCCACAUCCACCUCUCUCCACAGAUAGGCAAGGCAAGGCGAGUAACCAUGACUGCAACUGCUCUCGUAAAAAACCAGCUGAUCCUCAAAGAGGAAUACGAUGAGAAUUAUAUACCCUCUGAACAAGAGAUCCAAGAGUAUGCAAGAGAGAUUGGCAUUGACCCCGACAAUGAGCCUGAGCUGCUGUGGCUGGCAAGGGAGGGCAUCGUCGCCCCUUUGCCUCCUGAGUGGAAGCCUUGCCAGGAUGUGACAGCGGGCGUCUACUACUUCAACUUCUCCACGGGUCAGUCCACCUGGGAUCACCCCUGUGAUGAGCACUACAGACGCCUGGUGGCCCAGGAGCGUGAGCGAGCUCAGCUCACAGCCACAGCUGGGGGCGCAGGAGCCAAGAAAGACAAGAAAGAGAAGAAAGAAAAGAAGGAGAAGAAAGAAAAGAAAGAGAAGAAAUAAAAGAAAGAGAAGAAGAAGCAGGGACGACUCAGAACUCCUUGGAGAUCCAAGAGUAUGCAAGAGAGAUUGGCAUUGACCCCGACAAUGAGCCUGAGCUGCUGUGGCUGGCAAGGGAGGGCAUCGUCGCCCCUUUGCCUCCUGAGUGGAAGCCUUGCCAGGAUGUGACAGGGGACAUCUGCUACGUCAACUUCUCCACGGGUCAGUCCACCUGGGAUCACCCCUGUGACAAGCUCUACCGACGCCUGGUGGCCCAGGAGCGUGAGCGAGCUCAGCUCACAGCCACAGCUGGGGGCGCAGGAGCCAAGAAAGACAAGAAAGAGAAGAAAGAAAAGAAGGAGAAGAAAGAGAAGAAGAAGAAGGAACCACUCAAAACUAUACAUA